UUCUCUUUUACUUAUCUCAAUUCUUUGUUCUUCUGGGAGCUGAAGUUUUUCCUGCUUUUGUUUCGCUUUGAUGAAAAAGUGACAAAUUCAACAAUGGAUAAGAUCAAGAAGAAUAUAGAUGAAGGUUGCUUGAAUGAUGAUUAUCAAGAGAUUAAGAAGCCAUUAGAAGACAAUUUUCAUGUAUCAGUUGCUAAGAUAAACGAGUAUAAAGAAGAAGAGAGAGUGAAUUGGGCAAAGAAGCAUCAGCCCCAGGCAUUGAAAGACUUCAUCUGCCAUAAAGAGAAAGCUGAAAUACUGCGGACUUUGGUGACAACUGAAAAAUCUAGUCAUUACAUAAUUGAAGGCCCUCCAGGAGUCGGAAAGAGAACCAUGGCUCGCGCUUUGCUUAGAGAAGAUAUUGGACCGGAAAUCACAGAGCCAAGAGAGGAAUUCAAAUUAUUUCAUUUAAAGAAUGCAUUACAGAAGUGGCCAGUCACCCAUCUCCAACUUAAAGUGAUAAUAUCUUCUCAGCACAUAGAAGUCAAUCUAGAUGACCUAAAAGGUUAUGAAGCGGAUGUAGUCAUACAGCUAUUUCAGGAAAUAGAAGCUGGUUUAGUGCCACAAGAAAGAUUAUUGCAGGGUGACCAAGCAAAUUAUGGAGGUAAUUCAAUUAUGGGUUCGAAUCAAAUUCCACAUGUUUGUAGAGCAAUUACUCUAUGCACGGCAGAAAAGUUGCCCAAGGAUUCCCAACUUCAUAUCCAAAGUCUUUUAGAGACUUUUAAAGGCCAUUGUAAAGUCAUCUUCUGCUGCCAUGAUGUUUCCCAGCUUCACAAACUCAGUUCCGUCUGCAAAAUUAUUCAACUUCUUCCACCUUCAGAAAAGGAGAUUAUUGAAGUCUUGGACUUCAUUGCUGAACAAGAAGAUAUUGAAUUGCCUCUCCAACUGGCUAAACAUAUGGCAGAGAAGUCUAGGAAUUGCCUUCAACAAGCUAUUCGUUCAUUUGAGGCCACUUGGCAGUCAAAUUAUCCCUUCAAAGAUGGCCAAUUUAUUAUGAAUGGCUGGGAAGAAGAACUUGCAAUGAUGGCCAAAAGUAUCAUUGAAGAGCAAAGUCCAAAACGGUUGUUUAUUGUCAGACAAAAGCUUAUAACUUUGUUUGAGCACAAUUUAUCCCCAGAUUUCAUUUUUAGUACAUUGGUGGAAGAAUUAGAGAAGCGUAUGGAUGGUCGAAUCAAGCGGCAAACUGAAAUUUCAUACCAAGAAUACCGUGCUGAUAAUGCUUCAGGCCAUUUUGAUGGAGAUACAUUCAAGAUACAGAACACAAAGAAUAAUUUUCAAUGCUUUCUGCUCAUAGAAGAAUUCAUAGCGAAGUUCAUGAGCCACUACAAGUGUUACAGAGGAAGCCUGCACUAA